UUCGUCUCUUUGACAACCUAGCCCUGAACGCAUGCGUUCAAAAGUAGCCUAGUCUUCUGCCAUGUCACCCCCUGCAAAGACAGCGUUUGCACCCCUGCUAUACACGAGUUGAAUUAUUGCAGUGCUUCGUCUUUCAAGUUCUCGGAUGAUGUGAAACGUUUCUCGUUUUCCUCAUCCAAAACAGUAAGUUGGCUCUUUUUAUUUUCAUUUCUGGAUCGUUUUUGUUUUGUUUUUUUUUCCUUUUCAAGCAACGAAUGAACGAAUCAUUGUUCGAAAUUUAGAGAAAGGCACGCGAAAGCACGAGUCGGAACAUUUUCGGGUUGUUCGUUCGAUAUUCUCGUGCAAAGGAGAAAAGAGGGCUACGAUCGAUAUGCGCGAGCUUCUCUUUGCUCCGACAUCAGUAAUGAUUUGAUAGCUACGUUCUCAACAUUUGCAGAAUCAUUCAGCCGCUAAAAAUUGUGAAGGUUCCUUGUAGAAGAUCAUGGGAACGGUCAUGAGUUUUAAUCCUCGUGAAACCCGAUCGUCGGUCGGCACGACGUCAGACACUCAAAAUCAUCUUCGUCACAGCAAAGACGCCAUUUUGCAAUCAACCACCAGUCAAAUGGAUCACGCCAUCAAUAAAUCUCUUGUCGCAAUCAUCCGCGAUGAAAACGACAUUCGAGACGGGCAGCUCGAACGCAAUUUUCGUAAGUCGUCCAUGUUUAUCAAUUCGCUCAGUUGGAAGCGACUUUCCAACCCGGCUUCUCAGAAAAAAAAGAUGGAGGUUCACAACGCCACAAUCUCGAAUCGUGUCUCCGUUUUGCGAACACCGUUAGACAACGUCCACCCCAUGCUAGAUAACAAUAAAAACAUUCAAAAAUCGUAUUACACGUUGAAAGCUAACGACUACUUUGAACCGACAUUUCAAACGAAAACAACUAUUCGUCCACCCUUGACGCUGUCGGUAACGCCAUUCGAGUCGAAGAGUUCGUGCAAUCACAACCGGAAAACAGACAAAAAUUACGUGACUCAAGAUCAACUGGAGCAAAAAACACAAAAAUCCACUAACGCUAACGCCAACAGGAAUAAUAAUAACCGAGCGGUCGCUCACAGCAAGCCCAGCGUCAACAAGGCUAAGAAAACGGUGGUUCAAGCAUCGACUUCCGAACUUCUUCGCUGUUUUGGAGUUUUUCUGUUCCGUCGGUGUCACCGACUGAAAGAUUUUCAAGCCGCAGAUGCCGUGAUGUGGCUCAGAAUGGUGGAUCGCAGUCUCUUGUUGCAAGGCUGGCAGGAUAUUGGCUUUGUUAACCCUUCGAACGUCGUGUUCGUCUACCUGAUUGUUAAACAAAUAGUGACCGAGAAUGUCGAAUCGGAGCAGGAACUGCAGUCUAUCGUCCUCACGUGUUUGUACUUGUCCUACUCGUACAUGGGCAAUGAAAUUUCGUAUCCCCUGAAACCGUUUCUUGUCGAUUCUGAUCGGAGCCGCUUCUGGAGCCGUUGCCUCUUCAUUAUAGAUCGACUUUCAAGUGACAUGUUGCGACUCAACUCAGAACCAGCAUUUUUUACCGAAGUCUUUAGCGAGCUGAAAUCUUAUGGCACUACUCCAUUCCAGUCCUAAACACGGGAUAUCCAUUACUCUUAUUGAUCUCACCUGUGAGUUUGUGAUGUUUUCAUUUGGACGUCGGGAUCCACUUUCGUGUCCGUGUCCACUGUCGACUGUUUCAUUGUAAUCAUCAUCACAUCAUGAUUACUCGCUUGUUUGUAAAUGGAAAGAUGACUCUGUCUGAACGUGUGAUUCGCUGCAGUUAAUUUGUUUCAUACUAGGUUAAUAUUGACUUCAAUAUUGUUCUUUCCAUGUUCAUAUUUGCAGUACACAAUAACUAAAUAGCUGCAGAUAAAUUGACAGCUAUAGCUAGGAUCAGUUUGAUUGCUGGAUUGUGAAUAUUCUACAACUCUAUACGAUUCUAGAGAACAAUUAUGUAACAUUGCGUAUCAAACUGAUUUUAGCGUCUAAUUUAAGUUCCCAUUGGUUUAUAAACAGGAAUACUUUUGACCGAUGCGUCGCAAUCUCUUUGAUCUCUAUACUUGGCGAUAUAGUCUAACAAACAACUUGUUUCUUUUACAUUAUUGCAACUGUUUAUUGUUUUCAACAAACUGUGUAAUGGUUACUGGUCGCCAAGUUUAAAAAUGAAUAUGUGACGAGCUAUUUGUUCUGUUUGUAUAAUAGUUUGAUUGGUUGAAGGACUUUGUUCUUGAAGCAUCUCCUUUAUGCAUAAUUAAUUGUCAUACAGUAUAAACGUGUAACCAUUGAACGUGUAGACUUAACGCAAGACAUUUAAUUUAACUUGAAUUUAACCUUUGAUGAUUCUACAAAAUAUUCUAAUCAUUUCACCCAAUGAACAUUCGACCCGUCAGAAUUUUCGCGAUGGUUUUUAUUGUAAUACAGACAACUAUGUACUACAUUUCCGCAAAAAAUACAUCUUACUUUAAGUUCGA